AUGAACGACUACCAAUCGACAGUGACCGCAGUUCCCGAAUCAUUACGGAAAGCUGCCACCUACAUCCAAAGCCAAGUUCGCGACGACGGCCAUUGGUGCGCAGAAGUCAAAUCAAAUACCACCGUCACGUCUGAAUACAUCGCAUUCCUCUACGCCCUCAAACUACCCGUCCCCGAUGGCCCCGAGCCCUGGAUAUCCUGGCUGCUAUCCGAGCAAAAGUAUGAUGGCUCAUGGGGUCCCGCGCCAGAAAUCCCCGGCGAUAUAUCCGAAACAGUCGAAGCAUACUUUGCACUCAAGAUCUUAGGCCUUGACCCUGAGAACCAGGUCAUGAGGAAAGCAAGAAGUUGGAUUUUGGCGAAUGGAGGAGUAGCUCGCGUGCGCAUCUUUACUCGUAUUUACCUGGCUUGUUUCGGUCUAUUCCCAUGGUCUGCUAUUCCGGAAUUGCCGCCGGAGUUAAUCUUUGUGCCAGCGGCUGCUCCUUGCAGUAUCUAUUACAUGGCAUCUUGGGCUAGGGCUACUGUCGUGCCUCUAUUGUUGAUCAGUCACCAUCGACCGGUAUUCGCGCUGCCCAACGGACGGAGCGAAAACAAUACGUAUCUGGAUGAGAUUUGGUGUGACCGCGGCGCGAAUAAGAAUGUCCCAUAUUCGGAUAGCCUAUGGUCAAUGGCCUGGCAAUUGGAUGCCACAUCUGUGGCUUGCACCAUCGUCGAUAAAGCCCUGCAAUAUGUUAACGGAAUGCGCAAGUCUCCCUGGCGAUCUGCUGCCCGACGGCGAUGUCUUGAAUGGAUCUUGGAGCGUCAAGAAGAGGAUGGUGGCUGGGCAGGUAUCUUUCCGCCUAUGCAUGGAGGAGUCCUGGCCCUCUACCUGGAGGGUCAUCAUAGUACUGAUCCAAAGAGUCCUUAUCAGCGUGGGCUUGCCGGUUUAGAGGGCUUCAUCUGGACAGAUGAGCGAGGAAAGCGAAUGCAGGCUUGUGUAUCCCCUGUAUGGGAUACUAUUCUUUCGAGUAUCGGCUUGCUAGAUGCUGGAUUAGCCGGGGACAACGAAUAUAUCGUCCGCUCGAAUGCAUGGCUUCUUGCACGCCAGGAUAAGGAUCGCGGUGCUCAGUCUCCGGGUGACUGGAGAGUUUUAAACCCCAAUCUGAUCCCAGGCGCAAUCAGCUUCGAGUACUUUAACAAAUGGACACCUGAUGUUGAUGACACGGCAGCUCUCAUUCUCGCCUUCGUCAAGAAAGAUCCUAGCUCCAUCGACUCGGAUAGCGUGGUUCGGGCCAUCCAGUGGAUCUUGGGUAUGCAAAAUGCCGACGGAGGAUGGGGUGCUUUCGACCGUGAAAAUAACAAAUUGUUCUUCAAUCAAAUCCCCUUUAGCGACAUGGAGAGCAUGUGUGAUCCUUCCACAGCCGAUGUCACCGGACGAGUUAUCGAAGCAUUUGGAAUGGUGAUGGAGCAGCACAGCAAGAGUAGUGGACUUAUCGAGAAGUCUCUCCUCACUCAAAGUAUCCGAGAUGCCAUGAAACAGUCCGCCAACCGAGGAAUCGACUACCUUCUCCGCGAGCAAGAAAAAUCAGGCUCCUGGUACGGCCGCUGGGGUGCUAACUAUCUCUACGGAACGAGCAAUGUCCUCUGCGGACUCGCCAAUGCCCACUUCAUCGACAACUCAAAAGCAGGCCUAAUCAAUCAAUCCAUUAGACGAGGGGUCGACUGGCUAGUUAACGUGCAAAACACAGAUGGUGGCUGGGGCGAAUGUCUGGAGACGUAUUCACGCCCCGCUCUAGCUGGACAAGGGAAGUCGACAGCUUCACAGACUGGAUGGGCGCUUAUGGGCGUGCUCACGCUACUGCCAGUAACUGAUCUCACGGUCAGACGGGGUGUUCAGUAUCUGCUCUCGACCCAGAGGGAGGAUGGGGCGUGGACGGAAAGGGAGUUUACUGGAGUUGGGUUUCCGAAUCAUUUUUAUUUGGGAUAUGUUUAUUAUCCGCAUUAUUUCGCGAUGAUGGGUUUGGGGAGGUAUGCUUCGCUCUGUGGGUUGAAGGUGUUUGAGGAUGUGUCCAAGUAG